UGGGUUAAGGACGAUACAAAAGGCCUACUUUGUGAAUGAUAUUCGAAUAGAUAAUUACAACGAGGAAUACAACCGUCUUUGAUCACUCUGAAAUAUUUGGUCAGGGAAGGAUGAACGCCUGGUCAAUGAUGGGAAAUACAGUGCGCAGAGGAUUUUCUAUGAAACCCUAUUGUGUUGUUUUUCUUUUCAUCGGGCUGCAUGUCGCCUAUGGAGACGUGAGCUACUCUAUCGCAGAGGAGAUGAAACGCGGGUCUGUGAUUGGAAAUAUAGCCAAAGAUCUCGGCCUCGGGACUUCCACUCUUUCCUCGCGUAAAGCUCGCAUUGACACGGACGGGAAUGGCAAGCGGUAUUGUGAUAUUAAUCUGAGCACCGGAGAGUUGUUUGUUACUGACAGGAUCGACAGGGAAGGUCUUUGUGGUAAGAAGGCUACUUGCGUUUUUAAAGAGGAGCUUGUUCUGGAAAACCCUUUAGAGCUUCACCGUGUCAGCAUUCAUGUGCAAGAUAUAAACGACAACGCCCCACAGUUUAGUGAAGACUUGAUAACAUUUGAAAUAAGAGAAUCGGCAGUCAAAGGAGCGAGAUUCUUACUCACUGAAGCCCAUGAUGCAGAUAUUGGUACAAAUGAUGUACAGCGCUACGAUUUACAAAAUAACGAGCAUUUUACCAUUAAUACAGAUACAGAAGGUGGGCGAAAACACUCCGCAUUGGUUUUGGUGAAAGAAUUAGACCGAGAGCAAGAGAAUGAUCUAAAAUUAGCGCUUACAGCUCUCGAUGGUGGAUCUCCACAGAAAUCAGGUACUGCAGUCAUACACGUCACUGUGCUGGAUGCUAAUGAUAACGCCCCAGUGUUCAGCCAGGCCGUUUAUGAAGCCAGUCUGCCCGAAAACUCUCCUCCAGAUACUGUUGUUGUUACAGUGAGCGCUACUGAUGCAGAUGAGGGACCCAAUGGGGAUAUUACGUACAAUUUUGAUCAUGUGUCUAACGAGCAUGUAACUUUAUUCUCACUUGAUCAUAAGACAGGAGAGAUAAGAGUCGCCGGCUCAAUCGAUUAUGAGACUGAAUCCACCACUGAACUGCGAAUAAGAGCAAAAGACGGACCAGGUCUUACCUCGUAUUGUACAGUAAUUAUAGAUAUAACAGAUGUUAAUGACAACCCACCUCUUAUCAGUUUGAAAUCACUGACUAACCCCAUACCUGAGAAUGUGUCACCUGGUACAGAGGUGGGCAUCAUUAACGUGCAGGAUAGAGACUCUGAGAAUAACAGACAGGUCC